UCAUCACCGCCUACCACUCCGCCUAUCCCCUUGCGAUCGAGCGAUCUGUCGUUUUCUUUCCUCAGAUAAGGCUCCUCAUUUCUCUCCUUUUCCCUUUUUUUCUCUUCCUUAUUUUUCCCAAAUGUUGGUAAGUUUUCUGUUGAAUCCAGUUGUUCUUUGCAAAUCAAGCGCCAAAUCUGAUCUUCUGGGGUUGAUUUUGUUUUCGAGGUGGUACCUGAGGUGCAAAAUCUGACCUUGCCGGCAUUUGGCGCUUUUCUUUGAUUAUUCGGCAUUAUUCAUCUACUUCCUGUUAGCUUGCGGUUGAAUCCAGGUUUUCUUUGCAAAUCUAUCCACAAAUCUGAUCUUUUAGGCUUGAUUUCGUUUGCGAGGUGGUCUCUGAGUUGCAAAAUCUGAUAUCGCCGUCAUUUGUUGCUUUUCUUGGGUUAUUCAGCAUUAUCCUACUACUUCCUGUUAGCUUUUGGUUGAAUCCAUUUUUCCCUUUGGAGAUCUAUCCCCAAAUCUGAUCUUUUAGGGUUGAUUUCCUUUUGAGGCGGCGCUAAAUCCGAUCUUAUCUUGCCUCGCCCUCGCUGUUCCUCAAUAUUUGUAUGUCAUCUCAUUAAAAUUUAGCCGGCUUAAUCUCGAUGUUUUGUCGCUCGAUUGAGCAGAAAACCAUCAUCUAGCCCCAUAUGAAUCUCGCUGUUCUUCGGAUCUGCUUCCUCCAGUCCUUCUCAGUGGUGUUCCUCUUCUGGUUUUACGUCUUCUCAUGAAGUAGAUCUCGUUGUUUGUUACACACUUUGAAGGGGGGAAAAUCCGAUUUUUUCCGUUCUAAUUGUUGAUCCUUUGAGUGCUAACUCAACCCCUCGUGAAAAACCAUGCCUUGCUCGCCGGUCCAUCAAGAUUUGAGCUCUGGAGAUUCCUCUGUACAGCUUGUCAUCGAUGAGAGGAAGAGAAAGAGGAUGCUCUCGAACAGGGAGUCUGCAAGGCGAUCUCGGAUGAAGAAGCAGCAGAAAUUGGAAGAUCUGGUGAAGGAAGUGGCCGCUAUCAAAAGCCAAAACAGCAAGGCUGAGGUGCAGAUCAAUGUAGUGACCCAACAUUUUGAGAAGGUGGAUGCAGAGAACGCCACCCUCAGGGCUCAAAUAAGCGAGCUAACAGAGAGGCUACGGUCGACGAACUCAUUGCUUCGGAUCUUUCAGGAAGUCUGCGGGGUUUCCAUGGACAUUCCUGAGAUGCCCGAAACAUUGACUAAGCCUUGGCAGUUGCCUUGCUCGGUCUCUACUGCAGCCGACACAUUUCGAGACUGAACCAGUGUAGUGUAUCACCACAGUUUGCCUCCAUUCAAGUCUUCUAGUUGCUUAGAAGUGUGCUAUAAAUCCUCACCUGUUAUCUUUAGCAGAAGUCUGUCUCCAUACUUUAGACUUCUAUUUCAGAACUUGUCGUGUGGUAUUCCAGUGUGUCCCCGUUGGUCUGCUUCGGUAUCAUAGUCCUGCUCCAUAGUUAGUCGCCACCCAUUAAACUUGUAUUGAGCUUGCUGUUUGGUGUUUUGUCCUGUGUUGUGCAUUAGUGUCUAUCAUGCUUUCUUAUGCCCAUGUGCAUACCUUGGAGACCAGAAACAAUCCUUAAACCUUGUGGUUUAUUUUCGAAGCACAAUUCAGUUCGGAAUCAUUCCUCCGCAGAUUAGACUAGUGCUUCGGAGCUUCGUCUGUCAGCUUACACUUAUUUCAUCGUGUACCAAGUGUGCUAUUCAUGUUCUAGUUGUGUGUGGACUUUUGCCAUGUAGUAAAUGUCUGAAACUGCUGUGAAUGACUGUUAUGUAAUUGAUGUUUGGCAAUUAGGGUUUGGCUCUUGUUUGUGUAUAAGCUUUGUAUGUUUCUUGCUAGUUGUUUUUCUUGAUCAACUAUUAAUUUUCAUCUCUGAGUUUCAUCCUUA